GAGAUUCUGCGAGAGCAGCUGGAAGCUCAUCAGGUGUGGUCGACACUCGCAUGUUCUGAAUCUUCUCGUCUCUUUUCGUUGUUUGGAGACACCGACGAGCUCAACAAGCCUGAAGCAAGUCAGCAACGAGCCUCCAACGCUCAACUAAAUUGAAAACAACAAUUGAACGCGACGCCUCAACUUUCCUGAUGCUCUUGAAGGCUUCAAUGAUGGAACUUCUGAGGAGCAGGAACAUCUCCUAGUUGUCCCGCCGUAUUUAUGUUGACCGGUUCCGUGCUCGUUCCUCGUCGGAAGUUAGCAGCUGAAAACUUUGGACUCGGAUCGCCAAAGUGAAACUGAAAGCCAGCGUGAUGCCGGUGGAGAAACCCAAAAGUCAAUGCUGAUCGUAGUGUGAGUGUGGCGACGGCGGUGACGAUUGUGGACGAAGUUGGACAGCGAGGAGUCGGGAAUGGCGGGAAAGGACUACAAUCACCUCUUCAAGCUGCUCAUCAUCGGCGACUCCAAUGUCGGCAAAAGCAGCCUGCUGCUUCGCUUUGCAGACAAUUCCUUCUCUGGAAGUUAUAUCACCACCAUUGGUGUGGACUUCAAGAUCAGGACGAUGGACGUGGAAGGGGAGCGUGUCAAACUGCAAAUUUGGGACACGGCCGGGCAGGAGAGAUUCAGGACCAUCACCUCUACGUAUUACCGGAACACGCACGGCGUGAUCAUCGUGUACGACGUGACCAAUCCCGAGUCGUUUGUUAAUGUCAAGCGCUGGCUCAACGAGAUUUCUCAGAACUGCGACAGUGUCUGCAAGGUUCUCGUGGGGAACAAGAACGACGAUCCGUCCAGGAAGCAGGUGGACAGCCAAGACGCGAUGCGCUUCGGGGAGUCGGUCGGGGUGCCUGUGUUCGAGACCAGUGCCAAAGAAAACAUCAACGUGGAAGAGAUGUUCAUUGCCUUCACUCACAUGGUCCUGCGGGCCAAGAAGCAAAGUCAGAACCGGGCCGAGCGGGAACGUGAGCGGGAGAAGGACACGGUCAACAUCAACGCGCAUCGGGAGCGGGACCGCCGGAAGAGAGCCAAGAAAUGCUGCUGAGUGGAAAAGCACAUUUUAUUCUUUUUUUUUUUUUUUGCCUCAUCAUCUCCCGUCCGCACUGACAACUUUAUUGGCAACUACUGUACACUCAGCACACAUGAAUAAUACCAUUAAUACAUACUAGUGCUGGGGCCACACUCACAAAAUAUACUACUAAUGCAUAAUAAUUUUGUUUUAGAUUAAAAUCAAAUUGCUACAAAAGUCAAGGCAUUUUUUUAAGACUGAAGUCGUAAAUUUGCCCAAAAGCCUUUUUUUGUGUGUGACGUACACGCAUGUAGUAAUCCAUCUUUUUGAAUGUGAUACCUAGAAAAGCCAGAAAAUAGCGGGUCGGCGCUUGUGCUCAGACGAGAAGGCCAAAGUCCGGAUUCAAACGCUCAACUUCAAAACUGUGAACCGUUCAUGUGCUUACCGCUCCAUCAAUGUAAUUGUACAAUAUUGAAAAUUCACAAUUCUGAAAAGACCUCUUCAUAUUUGUCAAUAUUUUUACAUCAAGUAUUAUGUCAAUUUAAUAUUUAAAAUUCUAAAACAUUUUAAUGUCUUGUUGAAAAGGUAACUUUUUUUCUGCCCAAUUUCACUUCCUGUACUGGAUCAACUUAAGUGUGUGGUCUCCUGUCAGUGUGGCCCUAGUACCUUUUUUUUUUUUUUUUUCCAUCAACUUGAACCAAAGCGUCUGUCCAUCUUCUUGACAAUUGAAAUCCACGUAGGAUCGAAUCAUCCUGAGGGUGGCGCUGACAUCUUUGUCUUGACGUACUCGUAAAAGACGAAAGGGGACUGUGGCAGAACAAACGUUUUAUUUGCACUUACUGUGUGCCAUAAUCUGUGCACACACUUAACACAAACGUGACCAGUGGCCUAACUGUGUUUUUUUUAAACUUAAUUCUGUUGCUUAGCAACUGUACAAAUAAAGUCUUGAAUCCAAAA